AUGUCAACAUCUGAGUGCACAACAGCCAAAGAGCUGACGCAAGUGAUGGAAGAGAGAAUGAAUCAAGUACAGGCGAGAUUCCAGGCCAUCACCGAACAACUGGAAAUACAACUAGAUGAGAUGGGAACACGGAUCAACAAUCUGGAGGAGAACGUGAUGGAGCUCAUGACGCAAGCCAGCAUGGAAGACCUGCCUAUUUCCAAAGUGACCGACCUUCUUCCUCAAUAG